AUGAGUUAUAAUGCAAAACUUAUUUCAGGGUUUUACAACCAAACAUUUCCUAUAGAAGCAGAAUGGAAUAAUGGAUAUUAUAUUGUAAAAGGUUUGUCUGUUCCGUUGACUUUAAGUACACCUAUUUUAUAUAUUGUUUCAAACUUAGGUUCAAAGUGUUAUUCGAAUGUCGACAGAAACUAUUAUGACCAAAAGAUACUUAUGCGUAUAAACAAUACUUUCUCUGCUGGUUUGCCUAUUGUUCAUUCGAAUGCAGAGUUUUCAGCUUUAGUAAACUCAAACACUUUAGCAAACAUAAACUUAACCUUAGUUGACGCAAACUUUGUUCCCGUAAAACUUUUAUGUCCUAUGUAUAUUUCUAUGACAGCAGAAAGUAUAGAAUUGGAAGAUGCAACCGGUGAAGGUAUUGUAUUACAAGACCAAAUGCCUCAAACUCAGCAACAAAUGCAAGAAAUACCUCCUGAGAUGCAACAAGAAAUGGUUCAAGAAUAA